GGCGGCGGCGGCGGCGGCGGCAUGGCGGAGCCGAGCGGGGCCGAGACGAGGCCCCCGAUUCGGGUCACCGUCAAGACCCCCAAGGACAAGGAGGAAAUUGUGAUCUGCGACCGAGCCUCGGUCAAGGAGUUCAAAGAGGAAAUCUCCCGGAGGUUUAAGGCUCAGCAGGAUCAGCUGGUCCUGAUCUUCGCAGGCAAGAUCCUCAAGGAUGGGGACACMCUGAACCAGCAUGGGAUCAAGGAUGGGCUCACUGUCCAUUUGGUUAUCAAGACCCCUCAGAAGGCCCAAGAUCCAGCUGCUGUCACUGCUUCGUCCCCCUCCACUCCAGACCCUGCCUCAGCGCCCUCCACCACGCCCGCUUCACCUGCCACCCCUGCCCAUCCCUCUACCUCUGGCAGUGCCACUUCGGAUGCUGGCAGUGGAAGCCGGAGGAGCAGUGGUGGGGGCCCCUCACCAGGGGCAGGGGAGGGACCCCCCAGUGCUGCUGCAUCUCACAUGAUCAUGGCCAACCCCCAGAUGCAGCAGUUGAUGGAGCGGAACCCCGAGAUCAGCCACAUGCUCAACAACCCCGAGCUCAUGCGGCAGACAAUGGAGCUUGCUCGGAAUCCUGCAAUGAUGCAAGAGAUGAUGCGGAACCAGGACCGGGCCCUGAGUAACCUCGAGAGCAUCCCUGGGGGUUACAAUGCCCUGCGCCGCAUGUACACCGACAUCCAGGAGCCCAUGUUCAGUGCUGCCCGGGAACAGUUUGGCAACAAUCCCUUCUCUUCCCUGGCCGGGAACUCCGACAGCUCAUCCUCCCAACCUCUGCGGACUGAGAAUCGAGAGCCCCUCCCUAACCCCUGGAGCCCCUCGCCCCCCGCCUCCCAGGCCCCCGGGUCCGGUGGGGAGGGCACCGGAGGAUCGGGGACCAGCCAGGUGCACCCGACAGUCUCGAACCCUUUUGGGAUCAAUGCGGCUAGCCUGGGGUCAGGGAUGUUCAACAGCCCAGAAAUGCAGGCGCUCCUCCAGCAGAUCUCUGAGAACCCCCAGCUGAUGCAGAAUGUGAUUUCAGCCCCCUACAUGCGCAGCAUGAUGCAGACACUUGCCCAGAACCCUGACUUUGCUGCUCAGAUGAUGGUGAAUGUGCCCCUCUUUGCCGGGAACCCCCAACUGCAGGAGCAGCUCCGGCUGCAGCUCCCCGUCUUCCUGCAGCAGAUGCAGAAUCCGGAGUCCCUGUCUAUCCUCACCAAUCCCCGGGCCAUGCAGGCCUUGCUGCAGAUCCAGCAGGGACUGCAGACCUUACAGACUGAGGCCCCCGGGCUGGUACCCAGCCUUGGCUCUUUUGGGAUGUCCCGGACCACAGCGCCCUCAACGGGCAGCAGCUCUGGGUCUACGGCCGAGGGCCCCACGUCUUCGCCAGCCACGCCCGCCACGACUCCUCCCACCGGGGCUUCCAGUGCCCAGCAGCAGCUCAUGCAGCAGAUGAUCCAGCUUUUGGCUGGGAGUGGAAACUCACAGGUGCAGACGCCAGAAGUGAGAUUUCAGCAACAACUGGAGCAGCUCAACUCCAUGGGUUUCAUCAAUCGUGAGGCCAAUCUGCAGGCCCUGAUUGCCACCGGAGGGGACAUCAACGCAGCUAUCGAGAGACUYCUGGGCUCCCAGCUCUCCUAAUCCUUCGGCCCAUGCCUCCUGCCUCUCCCCUGACCCAGUACCGACCUUUGGUUCCUCUGUCAGCCCCUAACCUCUGCAGCUUAUCCCUCUGUCUUCUUCUUUGACUCUCCAAACAGUAGGGUGACCUUAGAGGCAUGGGCCCAAUGCCACC